AUGCUCUCGUCGCUGCAAGGGGACGGCUCACGAGAGGGAAUGAACCCCUUUACAAUCCUCGCGUCGUCGGGUGGUCCGCCGCCACUGACGGCCAUGCAUCAUGUGCAUAGCCCGAUGGAACGACCUAUACUGGAACAAGAGGAGAAUUCUAUCCCCGAAGAGCAGCAGCGCGAGGCUGAAGAACAACUGGCGAAGGUAUACGAAAAGUUUGAUUUUCAUGCUCUUUGGGCUCGACUCAGUGAGGCCUUAUCGCGUUUGCAAAACGACCCAGGCUCUGUCCAAGUGUUACUUCCUAUGAUCGAGAGCUUGAUGGUGGUAUCGCAGCAUAGUAUGGGAAAGCUGGCUGAAGACGCUGAUCCAUGGGCAGAGCGUCCUGUGAGUGCCGACGAUUCUACGCAAGCGCGUAUGGAGCGAGAGUUUGCCAACUUCACGGAAAAGCAUCGCAAGAUUCUCAAUUUGAUGGUGCGCCAAAACCCUGCUCUCAUGUCGGGGUCCUUUGCGCUUCUGGUGCGCAACCCCAAAGUUUUGGACUUUGAUAACAAGCGGAAUUACUUCUCGCAGCAGUUGCACAAGGGACGCCGCGAGCACUAUACCCCUCUCAGCCUGACCGUGCGCCGCCAGCAUGUGUUCUACGACAGCUUCCAGUAUUUCCACCGUAAGACGGGUCCUGAAAUUAAGCAUGGCAAGCUGAAUGUACGCUUCCAUAACGAAGAAGGUGUCGAUGCAGGUGGUGUGACGCGGGAGUGGUUCCAGGUUCUGUCUCGCGAAAUGUUCAACCCAGACUAUGCCUUGUUCCAGCCGUGUGCAGCGGAUCGCACUACAUACCAGCCCAACCGUAUGAGCGCAGUUAACGACAUGCACUUGUCCUUCUUCAAGUUCAUUGGGCGCGUCAUUGGCAAGGCCAUUUACGAUGGACGUUUGCUUGAUGCAUAUUUCACACGCAGCUUCUACAAACACAUACUGGGCCGCAAAGUGGACUACAAGGACCUGGAAGCGGUCGAUCCUGAGUACUAUAACAGCAUUGAGUGGAUGUUACACAACGACAUCACAGAUGUGCUCGAACUCACAUUCGCCGUGGAAGACGAAGUGUUUGGUGUGACGCAAGUGGUGGAGCUCAAACCGGAGGGUGCCUCUAUCCCUGUCACUGAGGAAAACAAGCAUGAAUAUGUUCGGUUGGUGACGGAGCAGCGCCUGACCAACUCGAUUCGCUCGCAAAUUGAUGCCUUUUUGGAAGGAUUCCACGAAGUGAUCCCUCGGCCCUUGAUUCAACUGUUCAGUGAGCAGGAGCUGGAGUUACUGAUCUCGGGUUUGCCGGACAUUGAUGUGGACGAGUGGAAAAACAACACGGAGCUCCAAGGCUAUUCGUCAGGUGACCCGAUGAUCCAAUGGUGGUGGCGCGCGGUGCGCUCGUUUGACCAAACACAGAAAGCCAAGCUGCUGCAGUUCAUUACUGGUACCUCCAAGGUUCCCCUUGAAGGCUUUGCGCAUUUGCAAGGUGUGAAUGGGACGCAGCGCUUUAGUAUUCAUCGGGCCUUUGGAGAGGAUCGAUUGCCUGCUGCGCAUACCUGCUUUAAUCAGCUGGACCUGCCGACGUACGAUUCGUACGAGAAGCUUCGCAGUCAGCUGCUAGUUGCUAUGAACGAAGGCGCCGAGGGUUUCGGAUUCGCGUAG